AUGAGAGCGAAGUUUGCGUGGAAUCUGGUUCUUAAUCCUAAUUCCUUGUUAAAUAGGAUCCUAAUUGCUAAGUAUGGAAAUGAUUGGUGGAGAAGUGAUUCUUGGAGAUGUGGUUCUUCUUCCUGGAAGAUUAUAGCUAGCGGUUGGAAGGACUUGAAAGGUUUCAUAAGAUGGAAAGUUGUGAAUGGUAGGAGCAUUAAUGUAUUAAAGGAUGUAUGGAUCUUGGAAAAAUGUUUGAAUAAAUGGCCUACUUUUGUGGCUGUUUUUGAAGAUGACAACUCAACUCUUGAUUGCUUUAUUCAAGAAGGGAGCUGGAAUAGAGAGAAACUUCCUCUAUUUUUUGGGGAAGAUUUAGUUAAGCUAAUAUGUAAUAUUCAGAUUUGUCAAGAUUCAGAAUCAGAUUAUAUGGAGUUGAAAAGGAAAUUGUCGGGGAAAUCAAUUUCUUCUAUGUUAAGAGAAGAAAAUGUGAGGGAAGUAGCUGUGGUGGAUCAUAAUGCUUGGAUUCAUAAAGUGAAAAUGAAUGCAAGAGUUAAGUUAUUCAUUUGGAGAUUGAGAAAAGAUGCAGUUCCUACAGCAAAUUUCUUGAAGAAAAGGAGGCUAAGUGGCUGCAACUUAUGUCCUAGAGGCUACCGGGAGGUGGAGCAUGUAGAUCAUAUUACUUCUAAAUGCUCAAAUCUUAUUGAAGUUAUCUGGAAGCUAAGAAGAUGGGGAUUUCCUGUACCGAUUUUUAGUUCAUUUCAGCAUUGUUUAAAUGAGAUAAAAUCUGUGUAUGAAGAUAAUAAAUUACUGGUGAAAUUAUAUUUUGCUUUACAAUGGUAUUCCUGGAAUAACAGGAAUAUGAAGAAGCACAGGAAGGCUGAAGAUAGUGUAUCAAUCAUUGCAGGUAAUGUGAUUAGCUUUGUUAAUAUGGAUAAACUCAAUAAAGAUAUCUCGGAUUACUGGGAUGCCGGUCGGUCUUUAGGACAGUUCUACGAUUUCUGGUGUCCUCCCCCACCCGAGUGGUACAAAAUAAAUGUUGAUGCUGCAUUGAAGAAUAACUAUGAAGCAACCAUUGGAAGCAUUGUCCGGGACUGCAAAGGAAGAUUUAUGUUGGCAUUUGGCUUUCAUGGAAUACAUUGGGAUAAUUCUCAGGUUGAACUCCUUGCUUUCAGCUCUCUUAAGGAGGUUUUGAAGGAUUAUUUUUUUAAUAUUAAAGGUAUUAUUUUUGAAGGAGACAAUAAGAAUGUGAUCCUAUUCCUUCAAAAUGCAAACUGA